GGGCAUAAAAGCGGCGAGCGGCGCCCCGGGGCGCACAGGGAGAGCGCUGGGCUCCGCGGGACGGCACCGGGCGCUGCGGGACCGAGGUUGGGACUGUCGCCGUUGCCGAACCGCUGUCGUGGGAGAGCCUCGGGGAUGAAGCUAGGGGCCACCUGCCUGCUGUGCUUGCUGCUCACCUGCAUGGCCCUGCCCGCCGCCGGCCGCCUCCGUGAGCGCUCCAUGGAAAUCAGGAGUAAGGAGAGCAGGAGUAAGGGAACUCCCAGGACCCUCCCUGGUCCCCCCAUAGACCCAGACAUCGACCCCUUCUGGUACACCGGCCGUGGCAUCAGGCCCGUGGGGCGAUUCGGGCGACGGCGAGCACUGGGGGAAAGUGCCCAACCCAGGGGGGCUGUCCUGCAUCCUGCCUGCAUCCCCCUGCACACCCAGCCCCCCCGGGAGCAGCGAAGUGCCUGAGUUGAAGAUGGGGAACGCCAAUAAAAGCCUUUUCCUCUCCUUCUA